AUGGCGAUGAUGAUGACUGGCCGUGUGCUGCUGGUGUGUGCCCUCUGCGUGCUGUGGUGCGGUACUUCUGGAGCUGCUGCUGAUGGAGAUGUUGUUGUUUCUGGUGGGGACGACAACAGUCUGAAAGAAUUAUUUAUUCCAGUUGCGAGAUUGCAGGAAAGACAAGAACAAAGAGCAGCAGGAGCAACAGCUGACGCAAAGGCAGCAGCAGAAGCAGCAGAAACAGCGGUCGCAAAAGCAACAGUAGCAAAAGCAGCAGCAGAAGCAGCAGCAGCAGAAGCAGUAAAGGUGGCAGCAGAAGCAGCAAAGGCAGCAGCAGCGACACAAGAAGCAGCAACAGCAGCAACAGCAGCAGCAGAAGCAGCAACAGCAGCAAAAGCAGCAGCAGAAGCAGCAACAGCAGCAGAAGCAGUAGCAGAAGCAGCAGAAGAAGCAAAAGCAGCAGCAGAAGAAGCAAAAGCAGCAGCAGAAAAAGCAAAAGCAGCAGCAGAAAAAGCAAAAGAAGAAGCAGAAAAAGCAACAGAAGAAGAAAAAGCAAAAGCAGCAACAGCAAAAGCAGCAGCAGAGGCAGCAGCAGCAAAAGCAGCAGAAGCAGCAGCAGAAGCAGCAAAAGCAACAGCAGCAGCUGAAAAAGCAGCAGAAACAGCAGCCGCUGAAGCAGUGGCGGCAGAAGCAGCUGCUUUUGCAGCUGCAGAAGCAGCAGAAGCAAAAGCAAAAGAAGCAGCAGAAAAAGCAAAAGAAGAAGCAGAAAAAGCAACAGAAGAAGAAAAAGCAAAAGCAGCAACAGCAAAAACAGCAGCAGAGGCAGCAGCAGCGGAAUCACUGCGAGUUACAACAGUCGGAGAAGAGGAAGUAAAAACAGCAAUACAUGAUCAGGAUAAUUCAGUCGUACACCAUUCUGGAGAAAAACAAGAGCUUCUACAAGAACAAGAACCUGAACCACAAGAAAAAGAACAGCAUGAAAAGCGGCAACACCAACAGCGUGAACAUUCCGCAGGAAAUGGCGACGAAGCCGCGAACGACAAUACUGCUAAUGGUACAAAUGCAACUGCAAUUAAGGACGACAGUGACGGCAGCACCGCGGUCCCCCACACCACCUCCCCUCUUUUGCUUUUUGUUGCGUUUGCGGCUGCGGCUGCGGUGGUGGCCGCGUGA